AUGGAACAACAACAACAACAUUCAUCAUCAGCAAACAGCAACAACAACAACAAUGGUACUAGUAGUCAUAUGAACAGUGGUAGCAGGCAAAGCAGCACAAGGUGGACACCAACAACGGAUCAGAUAAGGAUAUUGAAGGAUUUAUACUACAACAAUGGAGUAAGGUCUCCAAGUGCAGAACAGAUUCAGAGGAUCUCUGCUAGGCUUAGACAGUAUGGUAAGAUUGAAGGCAAGAAUGUCUUCUACUGGUUCCAGAAUCACAAGGCCCGUGAGAGGCAGAAGAAGAGGUUCACUUCUGAUUCUACUACUACUACCAAUGUCAAUAAUCUUCCACUUCCAACCAUGCAUAGAGGAUCCACCAUUAACAACAACAACAAUGCUCCUAAUUGUUGGAAUAAACCUACUGAAGACAUUACUACUACUACUACCUUUCAUAGCAACAAGUAUUACUCCAACAAUAUGCCAUCAUCAACUGGGAUUGCUUCUUCUUCUUCUUCUUCUGCUGGGAUGGUUGGUGUGGGCCAGAUGGGGAAUUAUGGCUGUGGAUCUGUUCCCAUGGAGAAGAGUUUUAGGGAGUGUACAAUAUCUGCAGGUGGAGGAAGCAGUGUUGGUGGUGCCAUAAACCACAACCUGGGAUGGGUUGGUGUGGAUCCUUAUUCAUCAACUUACACUGCUUUCUUUGACAAAAUAAGGCCUGAGAUUGAAACCCUUGAACAAGAACAAGGUGAUGAUAAUAAUGAUGAUGAAGAAAUUGAUGAUGUCACUGAGAUUGAAACCCUGCCUUUGUUCCCUAUGCAUGGUGAAGACAUCCAUGACUAUUGCAGCCUCAGAUCCAAUAAUUCUUCUUCUUCUUCUUUUAACUAUGAUCAUCAUCAUCAUGGAUUCAACAACGGUGGUUCUCGUGCUUCCUUGGAGCUUAGUCUCAAUUCCUACGGUCGCAAGUCUCCAGAUUAUGCUUGA